CUACAACUACCGAAGGAGUUUGCAAAGCAUUAUAAUUAAACCCUGGCAUUCUUUUUUUCUUUCUGACGGGCUUCACAUUCAACACCAACAUCCAACAUGACGAAGCCGCAAAUCGUCGUGAAAAUACCCCCAGGCUCCGAUGCGGAGGAUAAAAGUCUCGUAUCAGCCCUGACUGAUAUUGUCAACACUGCCUACACGAAAGCCGAGUCAGAUAUCUUCAUCCCAUCAUACCAACGGACCUCCACCGCUGAAAUCGCCAAAUUCUUAAGCAACGGCCAACUCGCGGUCGCUUACCUCCAACCAAAUAACGAGCCCAUCGGCUGCGUCUUCGUCAAACUCAUAACACCCACCCUCGGAGAGUUCGGCAUGUUGGCACUUGACCCACAGUACCAAGGCACUGGUACAGGGCGACAACUAGCGGUCUUUGCGGAAGAUGAAUGCAGACGAAGAGGGUGUACGACGAUGCAGCUAGAGAUUCUUGUGCCAAUGACGUUUCAUCAUGAAGGAAAGGCGAGGUUGUUGGGAUGGUAUACGAGGAUGGGGUAUGAGCUUGUUAAGUUGGGGAACUUUGCGGAUGAUUAUCCUGAAUUGGUGAAUUUGCUUGCUGGGCCGACGGAGUACAGGGUUUUUGAGAAGAGUCUUGUGUAAUGAUGAAACUAGCUGUGG